AUAAUUAAAAACACGUAAAUCCUUACUUCGCGCUUGCGAAUGGUUUAAUAGAUAGCUUAAUUGCAUUUAACCUUACGUUGAGCUACCACUAUAUGCUAGCUAACUUUGUAAGUCAGUUUAAGACAACAACAAAUGGCUUAAAACUAGUUUGGCAACAGAGAUUCCAGAACUGUCCAAUGGAUCCGUGUUGAUGAAGGAUCCUCAGAGGGUACAGGAGAUCCUGCAGUCCAUGUUAAAGGCUGGCUCCAACACCCUGCAGGUGAUCUCAGAUUUUGACAUGACCUUGACGAGAUUCUCAUACAACGGGAAGCGAUGUCCUACCUGUCACAAUAUUCUUGACAACAGCAAAGCCAUCUCCAACGAGUGUCGCCUAAAGCUGGAUCAUCUUCUCGAGACUUACUAUCCCAUAGAGAUUGACACUUCACGGUCAGUUGAAGAGAAGCUGCCUUUAAUGGUGGAGUGGUGGACCAAAGCUCAUGACCUUCUUGUGGAGCAGAAAAUCAAGAAAGACGAGCUGGCCCAGGCAGUGCAUGAGUCUGAUGCAAUGCUGAGGGAGGGUUACGAACUCUUCUUCGACCGCCUGCACGAGCAGAGCAUCCCGCUACUCAUCUUCUCUGCUGGAAUCGGAGACAUCCUGGAAGAGGUGAUACGACAAGCUAACGUCUUCCACCCCAAUGUCAAAGUCAUCUCUAACUACAUGGACUUUGAUGAAUCUGGGACGUUGCGGGCUUUCAAGGGAGAGCUGAUUCACAUCUACAAUAAAAGAGAAGGUGCGCUGCUCAACACUGAUCAUUUCAUGGAGCUACGGUCAAAACCCAAUGUCCUACUGAUGGGGGACUCUCUAGGAGACCUGGACAUGGCUGAUGGAGUUCAGGAUAUGAAGAACAUCCUUAAGAUUGGGUACCUAAAUGACAAGGUUGAGGAGAGAAAACAGUCCUAUUUGGACUCCUAUGACAUCGUGUUGGUGAAUGAUGAAUCCUUGGAAAUUCCUAUUGCUGUCCUCCACUAUCUUACUAGUAACAAGUGAACUGUUUUUCAUCUCUGGCUGUAGAACACUCCUGGACCAUCAGCUGAGCAGUGUUACUGGGAUUCUUAUUAAAAACCAACUAGGAUGAACAGUUCCUUGCAAAAAUAUUCAUACCACUUGAACCUCUUCACAUUUUGGAUGUUGAUGGCACAAAAUACAAUGUAUUUUAUUUAGAUUUUAUUUGAUAGCCCAGCAGAAAUUAGUGUAGACUUUAGAACUAGUAAGAAAAGAGUACAUGGUUCACAUUUUUCUGGUAAAACUUUGUAGAACCACUUUUCACUGAAAUACAGGUGCAUGUUUUUGGGGUACUUCUCUACCCCUUUUGCAUAUCUAGAGACCAAAAACUGAGCCAAAUCUUUGCAAAAUAGUUCAAACCCAGUCUGAUUGCAUGGAGAGAAAGCCAGUUUCCAAGGCUGGAUUUAGAUCUGGACUAGUUGGCCACUCUAACUCCUAAACAUGGGUUGGUCUAAACCAUUCCAAUGUAGUUCAGAUUGUAUGUUUUAGGGUCUUUGUCCUAUUCUCCAAGUUUCAAGACAUUUGAAGCCUCUAACAGGUUUUCUUCUGGGACGGCCCUCAAUUAGCUCCAUCCAUCUUCCCAUCAGCUCUAACCAUCUUCCCUAACCCAAAAGCAUCUCUACAGCAUGAUGCUGCCACCACAAUGCUUCACCAUGAAGAUGGUGUGUUAAGGUUGUGUUAAUUCUCCGUCACACGUUUUGCCUGCAGGCCAAAAAAUUCUAUUUUGGUCUCAUCUGACAAGUUCCAUGUUUGCUGUAUCCCCAGCAUGACCUUAGGAAUGAUUACAUGGCUUCCUAUUGCUCUCUUCUUGCCACUCUUCCAUAAAGACCCAGUUUGUGGUUAGAAAGUGAAAAAUAUGAACAAGUUCUGGAGGUAUGAAAACAUUUAGCAAGGCACUAUCUAUGAUUGUAUUUUACUGUACGAAAAAAACAACUCAGUGCACCUGAAUUAGUCUGUGUCGCAAACAAAGGGGUUUUCCACUCAGUUUUCACCAUAACACUUGCCCUUUGGCUAAAGUGCUUUUGGACCCCUUUGGACCAUCUGUGGCAGUCACAUAUGUGUGUAUGUGGUUACUGGUGUCUUUUGUUUUUUAGGUUUGUUAAAACAUUUCUGAUUUUAAUAUAGGAUUUAAUAUUUAAAAAUGAAACGCACAAAAUAAAAAAGGCAGCUCCUUAUUUUCACAUAUGGUUUUGGCAAGAUUUAUAACCCCUUAAUGCACUGUAAAGCUCCUGUCCAAAACCUUUUAACCUGAAAUCCAAACUGUUUCUACCAUUGUUCCUCUUUCCUCUUUGAUUUUGUUCAAAUAGAGAGAAAUAUUUCUUUUAAAGUAACAGUUUCUUUACAGGCUGCAGCUUCAAAUUGCUACUCUGGUCUUCUCAAACCUUUUUAAGGAGUCUUUUCUGUUUGAACCUUUUUUGAUUUGUUUUGUAACUUUCUUGAUUUUAAACAUGUUUUCAUCUCAAUAAACCCACAUCUGUCAAA